GGUUAAACCCGCAAAACCGCUUUUAUUCAGUUAAACCCAGCUUGUGUGUGUCCAAAUAAUGCAUAAGUCGCUUCACCCAAAUGUCUGAUGGCCCCCAGGAACAGUUAAAACGAUUCGUGUUUUCGUCGAAAUAUAACCUGAGAGGAGAACCUCAGGAAGAAAAACUAGAAGUGAUUAUUCCUGAGCUACUUCUACCCAGUUACUCGUUCUACACGUGGCCCUCCGCCCCCGUGCUUGCGUGGUUUUUAUGGGAGCACCGGCACGAGUUGGUCGGUAAACGGAUUCUGGAAAUCGGCUCGGGGACCGCGCUUCCUGGAAUAGUGGCAGCCAAGUGCGGCGCGAAGGUAAUUUUGAGCGACUCCGCCACUCUCCCGAAGUCUCUAGCGCACACUCGGCGCAGCUGCCAAUUAAACAAUUUGGUGGUGAACGAGCACAUCCACAUAAUUGGAUUGACGUGGGGGUUGUUUUUGAACAGUCACGAUUUUGCGGGUCAGUUGGACUUGAUUCUAGGUUCCGACUGUUUUUAUGAGCCUGCGGUCUUCGAGGAUAUAAUUGUGUCGGUUUCGUAUUUGCUAGAGGGUAAUCAGAACGCUAAGUUCCUGUGUACGUAUCAGGAGCGCAGCUCUGAUUGGUCAAUCGAGCAUUUAUUAGCCAAGUGGAACUUGCGCUGUCAGGUACACAAUAUUAGUAAUCUAGGGGCGACAGCGGGUUUAGACAUCCACGAACUGGUUGGGGAUCACAGUAUACACUUGUUGGAAAUUUCGCGUCAGGUUUGAGUAUGGCUGGUAAUGUCGCUAGAAACUUGUACAAAUUGUAUGUGAGAAACAUUCCGUGGACCGUCGGCCACCAAGAACUCAAAACCUACUUCAACAAGU